AUGGUUAGACGUAGUCAUGUGGUUGCGUACUAUUGGUCGCGGUACCGAAUGCCCACGCAAAUGCCAAAGUUUGACGGUCCGGCCCCCGUUGCUGCACCACAAAGCAUGAACAGCACCAAAACUAACGAGUUUAUCGAUCCUAUUGACGACAAAUUUCCCAUGAGUAUUCGCGGCCCACUUGUGCGCCCGGAUGUGCCUGAGGACCAAUACGUUGACAGUUGGUAUAUCUGUACUUCCAUGACGCAUCAUAUGGGAGAUUAUCGGCCGUGGAGCGCAAGCGCGCCACCGAAUGCAUUUCGCUUCCGUCCGUUCAACGAAUUCGACGCGAAGGGCCGGGAGUAUGUACAAUACAUGCGGGAGUUCGCCAGAUUUGACCCACGCAAGUCCCGUGGGAAUGGACAGAAAGGUUUUCCCUUCCGUGACGCCUACUUGACGAAGAUGAACGAAGCGAAUCAAAAAACGCCACCACCCACACUGGAGACCAUAAUGGAUCGCGCUGUGCGUGAGCAUCACCAGCACGCUCGCAUUCUCAGUCCUUUGGAAGUGCAACGUGACGUCGGGCGGCUCGAGCCUAUACCGUCUUAUGCCGGAAAAAUUAACGCUGAUCGAAGUGUGUUCCCCUUCCAGUGGAAAACAGAGGAUUGGUACGAAUAUGAAGUGGCCAAAGUGCGAAAUAGGCGCUUUGUGUUUGAGAACACCGAGGAGGAUGGUAUUCGUGGUUCCGAGGUAACCUACAAAAUUGUUCUGGAAGGAUUUUGGGAUCACCACGUGAUGAAGCUGGCUGAGGAUGUUUGCAUGUUCUUGAAGGAUGUGGGUCGCCAAAUAGUGGAGGAGAAGUUGGUGGCGGUACGUCGGUUGCUGCAGGGAGGUGCGGUGGAUCCGGAGUUGCUCGCUGCAUUCAACUGUGCCCGCGCCGGUCCGUUUGGGGGGUAUGAUGAAUACGAUAAGGAGGAGGUCGCAAAUUUCCUGCGCUCUGACCUGCGGCGCCUAGAAGAGCAAUGUCUAAGUGUCAUCAACCGUUGUAAUGUACCGGUACCAGGUGCGACAAACAUAUACGAUCCGCACACAUCAUGGCCACACGUUGAGAAACUGGAGCCGUGGGUGCGUAUGGCCGAGUUUUGGACAUCUUCUUCUGACACCUCAUUUACAGAACUUGAGAUGUCGACAGCCCACUACGAGUUUCGCAAGUUCUUUAGGGUAAUAAUAUGCAAGUUGCCCUUUCAAAGCACGGAAUUUGAGAAGCGCAUGUACGAUAUACGCCACUGGUUGCAUCGUCAGACGUCCUGCGAGUUUCACACCAUUUAUCGACGUAACGUGAUACACGAUUCUGCGGUUUUCCCUACAGAACACGACCCGGCGACACCAACGACGCACGAACAUCACCGUAUGUUUUCCUUUGCUUUAGACUGGCAGUCGGCACCAGUAAACCGACUGAGCACUGACACUGUCCGUGAAGGUGAAAACUGGGAUGCCGUGGCGCAGCGCUUGGGUUGCAGUGUCGGUGAAUUGAAGGAUGCGAACGCGGAGCGUGAGACAAUCGAGGCAGGAGUUGUGAUUAAUGUCCCCGUGACUGCCACACGGAGACUUACAAGCUUUGGGGCGACUCCACUUGUACUUCCGCUAAAAACAACAUCAGCGAAGGAUGGGGAGCGUAUUCGGACAUGGGAGGAGGCGGCAGCAAUUCUUGAUUGCACAGUAGAGGAGCUGCAACAGUGUAACGGUCAUGCCGCUCUGACAUACCAGAAGAAAGAGAGCGAAGCGGGCGAGUUUGAUUCUUCAGUAACGGAACUGGUUGCCCCACUUUCCUGCUGGACGUCAACGAGCGAGUCUGAGUUCAGCCCGGUUGAGCGUGUGCAUGCUAAUGAUACGCUUGUGGCCAUAGCGAAGCGUCUUCAGUGUAGCGAAGAAGCGUUGCGGGCCGUCAAUGAUGGCAUUACUGACGUUUCUGGUCUCGAUUUUGUCCGUGUGCCUCCGGAGGCGAGGAGGCCGCGACGGUUGGUGGAACCACAACUACGACCACAAGCUGCCACGGAUGCGCUGCUUGCCCGCACCAUCGCGGAGGAGGAGACAUUCAAACUGAAGAGUAUUCCUCAUUUGCCGCAAAAUGCCGAGCGGUUCCCACAUGAGUACCAUACACCAACCAGCCGUUUUCCACCAACGCCGAGCGAGACACCCGCCACGCAGGACUGGAUGGCGUACACCGCCAAAUAUUUGGAUAAACAGUUUACAAUCUCUGCGGAGCCAGCACCAGUGUACAAUGUGAACAAGCUUUGGCCCAUGCAACAGAUUCCAGGAAAAGUGGACCAAACCCCAUUUGAAGAGGAUCAAACGUGGUUGCUGCACAGCAUACCAGUACAGCAACUGGAGAUGCAUCACCACGAGAAGGAUUUGCAGGAUUUGCCAUUCAUAAACCAUGAGCAAUUCCCGCGCUCGCUUGAGUGGAACGCACCAUAA